AUGCUAGAUAUCAAAGUCAUGCCACAAACAACAAUCAGAGUUAAAAGAAAUAAAAGAUCUUCAACUUUUGUUGUACAGAACAACUCUAUGGAGAGUGUGGGGUACAAGAUUAAGACAACCAAGCCUCGGGACUACAUAGUAAGGCCGAACAUGGGGCUGAUAGUACCCAUGCAGCAAGCAGAAGUUGAGGUUACUCUCUCUGAAAGCACUGUUCCUGACAGCAGUCAUAAGUUUCUUAUAGAAAUAUACAGGUUUGAUUGGAGAAGAUCUCUAAAUGAUUUCAAGCAGUAUCUCAGGUCCUCUUUGCCUAAACCAUGCUGGACAUCCAGAAUAGGAAUAUUGUAUGAAGAAGAAGAAGAGAGGAUUAACAAGGAAACUGUCGAAUGUUCUGAGGAUAGGGGUGUCAUUACAUUUUUUGUCCAUUUGUAUAUCCUCUUCAACGUUUUCUAUCUGUUCUAUAGAUUCUUUGAAUGA